GCAUAAUCCUGUACUUUGUGAAGAAAAGUAAACAGAUGUAAACAGAAACAGACUAAACAUCAUUAUCAAUUAUUUUUAUAUUGAACACAGUUUUGAAGGAUCGAACAUAUAAAGUUAAUAUCAGUUCAUCUAGAAUAAGCAACGUCAACAACUAGGAAAACACUUACAAAUAAAAGAAUCUUUAAUAAAGUAUAUGAUGAAUUAUCAAUAAUUUAUAACCUUAACAAAUGGAUUAAAAAAGUGAAAGAGAAAAUUAUAAAAUAAUGUUAUUUUUAACAUUAAUCAGUUAUGCAGCUGUUCUAAUACAAAUUGUAUUUAUAACAAUAGCAAUAGCUGCCGGAUUAUAUUAUUUAGCAGAAUUAGUAGAAGAAUAUACUAGUGCAGCGAAGAAAGUCAUAUGGUGGAUGAACACAACAACAUUGGCGUUAUAUGUAUUCUUAUGGAUAUUUGAAAAUUUCCCAAUAUCAAUGAUAGUAUUUGGAAUACUAGCUCACUUAGUCCACUACAUAAUACUAAAAAAUUUCCCAUAUGUGUCGUUUUCGUCACUUGGCUUUUUGGCAGCUGUAGUGUUAAUAAUUAUUAAUCAUUAUCUCGCAUUCAGUUAUUUUGCUGCAGUAUAUCACCCCUUCUUUGAGGUUAUAGCAUACUUUACCUUAUAUUUGUGGUUAGUCCCGUUUGCUCUCUUCGUAUCUUUAUCUGCAAACGAUAAUGUUUUACCUACAACUGCAGAGAGGAUUGAUGGCGACGUAGUGUCAAAUUAUUUCUCUAAAAGAAAUAAGAAAUAUGGACUGUUAUCAUUCUUUAACUACGCUAAAGAAACCCUAUUACCUGUAAGAACAAAAAAGGGAUUUUAAUGUUAUUUAAUUCUCAUCGAGAAAUGUUUUGGUAAAACAUUUUGUACCAAGGGAUAUUAAACUCGUUUUAUGUAGUUUCAAUAUUUUAAAAAAUAAAAUGCGACU